GGCGGCUCGGCUCCCGGCAGCGCGCGGAGCGCAGGCUGUGCUCGCCGCGCCUCCCGCCGAGCGCCGCGAGUGCGGCCGCCGCAGGCCUGGCCGCCGCGCCCCGCCGCCCCGCCGCCCCGGCUCCGGCUCCGUGGUCGCGGCGCUGCCCAGGAGUUUGACAAGAAACUGAAGGCUUGGUCAAACAUUUUGAAUUUGAAAUCAGACAUGUACUAGAUUUUAGAUUCUUUCAUUUGCUUAAGGUAUGGUCUGAAUAUGCGUUGCUUGGCAGCUCGGGUCAACUAUAAGACUUUGAUUAUCAUCUGUGCGCUCUUCACUUUGGUCACAGUACUUUUAUGGAAUAAGUGUUCCAGUGACAAAGCAAUCCAGUUUUCACGACACUUGAGUGGUGGCUUCCGAGUGGAUGGCUUUGAGAAGAGAGCUGCGGCAUCAGAAAGUAACAGCUAUGUGAACCACCCGGGCAAGCCGCAGUCUGACGAGGCGUUUCCACAGGAGCAGCAGAAAGCACCUCCUGUCGUGGGGGGCUUCAGCAGCAAUGGGGGGAACAAGGUGCUGGGGCUCAAAUAUGAAGAAAUUGACUGCCUCAUAAAUGAUGAACACACAAUCAAAGGGAGAAGAGAAGGAAAUGAAGUCUUUCUGCCGUUCAGUUGGGUGGAGAAGUAUUUUGAUGUUUAUGGGAAGGUGGUUCAGUAUGAUGGCUAUGAUCGGUUUGAGUUCUCACAUAGCUACUCCAGAGUCUAUGCACAGCGAUCCCCCUACCACCCUGAUGGCGUGUUCAUGUCCUUUGAGGGCUACAAUGUGGAAGUCCGAGACAGAGUCAAGUGUAUAAGUGGGGUUGAAGGUGUGCCUUUAUCUACACAGUGGGGUCCACAAGGCUAUUUCUACCCAAUCCAGAUUGCACAAUAUGGGUUAAGUCAUUACAGCAAGAAUCUGACUGAGAAACCUCCUCACAUAGAGGUCUAUGAAACCGCAGAAGACAGGGACAGAAACAGCAAGCCUAAUGACUGGACUGUGCCAAAGGGCUGCUUUGUGGCGAGUGUGGCUGAUAAGUCUCGAUUUACAAAUGUCAAGCAGUUCAUUGCUCCAGAAACCAGUGAGGGUGUAUCCUUGCAACUGGGUAACACAAAAGAUUUUAUUAUUUCAUUUGACCUCAAGUUCGUGACAAAUGGGAGUGUGUCUGUGGUGCUAGAGACCACGGAGAAGAAUCAGCUCUUCACAGUACACUAUGUCUCCAACACCCAGCUGAUCGCACUGAAGGACAGAGACAUCUACUAUGGCAUUGGGCCCAGGACCUCCUGGAGCACAGUCACCAGGGACCUGGUCACCGACCUCAGGAAAGGAGUGGGGCUCUCCAACACAAAAGCUGUCAGGCCGACCAAAAUCAUGCCCAAGAAGGUGGUCAGGUUGAUCGCUAAAGGGAAAGGCUUCCUCGACAACAUCACCAUCUCUACCACCGCGCACAUGGCUGCCUUCUUUGCGGCCAGUGAUUGGCUGGUAAGGAACCAGGAUGAGAAAGGCGGCUGGCCAAUCAUGGUAACCCGUAAGUUAGGGGAAGGGUUCAAGUCUUUAGAGCCGGGGUGGUACUCAGCCAUGGCCCAAGGCCAAGCCAUCUCGACCCUAGUCAGGGCUUACGUGCUAACAAAGGAUCACUUAUUCCUCAAUUCAGCUUUAAGGGCGACAGCCCCUUAUAAAUUUCUCUCCGAGCAGCAUGGAGUCAAAGCUGUGUUCAUGAAUAAACACGACUGGUAUGAAGAAUACCCAACCACCCCUAGCUCUUUUGUUCUAAAUGGCUUUAUGUAUUCUCUAAUUGGACUGUAUGACUUAAAAGAAACUGCAGGGGAGAAACUGGGGAAAGAGGCGAGGUCCUUGUAUGAGCGGGGCAUGGAGUCCCUGAAGGCCAUGCUCCCCCUCUAUGACACUGGCUCAGGGACCAUCUAUGACCUCCGUCACUUCAUGCUCGGCAUCGCCCCCAACCUGGCACGCUGGGACUACCACACCACUCACAUCAAUCAGCUUCAGCUCCUCAGCACUAUCGACGAGGCCCCCAUCUUCCGAGAAUUUGUCAAGAGAUGGAAAAGCUACCUUAAAGGUGGCAGGGCAAAGCACAACUAGCACUCACAGCCAAAACCCAAAACCCACAGCCUCUGCUGGAUGCACAGACCCUAGGCUCGCUGUGGGCAGAGCGGAGAUGCACUCUCAAGGCUCACGGGCAGGGGUUGUAGAUUGUGUCGUGGGGAUGAGUGAUCCUUAAAACCUGCCUUCUGAGAUCAUUGCAUCCCAGGGGUCGGGUGUUUGGAAAUGUAGCUGGCAACUAGAGUGGGUUCUGUCAUGGGUGAACCAGAGAGGCUUGGCUCUGCCCCAUGCAGGCCACGGCUAGUCUGACCCCUCUGUUUGAGAAGGGGCUUGGGUAGGGAGCUGCUUGCUGCUACUCCUGAACACAGUAUGGGGCUCUUUUAAAAUGUGAUUAUUUAUAUCUAUGUUGAAAGCAGACAUUAAGAGAAUAAUGUGCUAUAAUCCAGUAAAUAUGUACUCAUAGCCUAAAGAGUGGACUGUGUGCAACUAUUCAAAAUGAUGAUUCUUUUCUAUAGAUUUCCUUUCUUGAGAGCAAAUGAGCAUCUGGUGCAUCUGUUCGAUUUGUUGUGUAUGGAGAAUAUUUUGAAUUUCUGUUCUUCUGAAUACGUGUGAUUUUAAAACACAGCCAGGUUCAGACUUCACAGUUAUAUAACGUAAGCACAACUAACGUGAAGCUUGUUGACUGCACAAGAAAUGACAAAAAUAGUAACUGUUGUAUGAAACUUGAUCUACAAUCAGAAAGGUUUGAUAGUCUAUCCCUCCUUCCCCUCCCCUGAUGGUUUCUUUUUUGUAGAAAUUUGUGUUUCAUUUCAGAUGACACUUAAGAGUUUUGUGUAUUGUGGGGGUGCACAUUUGGGGGGACAUUAUUUGGAAAUUUUAUUAAAAACAGAUUUGGGGAGGAGCUAGCUAUUUUGAUAAACAUAUCACCACUACUGCCCUUUGAGCCUUUUUUUUUCCACCUCUCAAAGAAAAAGAGUAGAUCACAUAUUAUAUAUGAGAAUCAUCGCAGGGUUUUCUGGCUUGGAUUAUUCUUGAUCAUCAAGCCAUUGACCGUAUGCAUCAUUUCUUCUUACAAUUUUAAGUUCUUUCAACUAUUGGAUGAAAGUGAUGCCACCAUGUUGCUGUGUGUGAAAUCAGAUCCAUAUUGGGUUUUUAGGGUCCACUGUGCCCGCAGACCCCACGAAACUAGGUUUCCAUACCCCAGACCAGGGGCAGUGUCUACAGUGGGACUUCAGGCCUGAGGACAGAACCGAGUUGGAUGUGUAAUAGCACACCAACACUGUCCCUGCACAGGUUGGCAUAUGAGACUGCCCCAUUCAAAGAGGUUCAGAGAGUCUGACAAGAUCCAGUGCAGUUUGUCUGUAACCCACACCAAGUGGGCAAAAAUGACAUGGACAACCUGCCUAUAUGUUACAUCUUAACUGAAGUCAUCAACACUACUUAGAAAGUCGAAUAUAUGUAUGUACAUAUGCAUGUAAUAUGUGUAUGCUCUGUGUGUGUCAGUCACAAAGGGGGCAGGAGUUCUGAGAAAGAUCUCCAAGGAGCAUAGUAUUAAUCUUCCCUUAGGAAAGUAAGUUUCAACUCCCCAGUUCGUGUGAUCGCAACUCUAUUUUGCCCACAUCAAAAACUGUGGGGUUUUUGGGUCCUCCCUCCCAAGCUUUAUAAUUCUUCUAUUUUAGAUGUCUCAACAUGAAUAUCUGGGCUCCUUCGUUUUUAUUUUCAAUUCAGAUGUUCGAAAUUGAACUUCCGCCAAUCUGGGUACUCUUCCAUUUCAUCACAUUUGUCAUAGUUUAGAAUUGUCCAGACUUCUACCUUGUGUUUGCACACUGUUACUUGAGAUUAAGAGACUUGGUGAAAACCGUCUGGUACUGCUUCUGUGACAAAUACCGGUGCCUUAAUGAUGUGACUGUCCUUUCCCUUGGGAAAAGGGCAGUUUGAUCUAGAAAUGGCAUUGCUGUUUCACUGCUGUUGGUUUCAUAUUGCCUGCCACCAUUGCAACAGCAACUUGAUUCUCUUACUGUGACACGGAAUUUUCAGAAAGGCUGAGUGCCACAUGCAGCAGCAUUGUCGGUACGAACCAGUGCUCCUCAAACUCGAGGGUGCCUCAGAGUUCUCUGGGGGGGCUUGUUAAGCUGUAGCUCUCAGGUGUGUGGUGGUUCACCUGUGCACAGGUGCACGUGUGCAUGUUCGACCAGCAUCGGCCAUGGUGGCGCAGGGGGUAUGGGCAGGAUCUGAGCAGGAGGAAUGCCAGCCCAUGCCCACUGUGGUACUUUUUGUCCCAAACACCUGCAGAGUUUCCUAGGGUUCUAAAUCAUGUAAAAUGUAUACUUAAAGGGAAUGGGGAGGUAUUUUAAACUUUCGUUUCUUUAUGUCUUUCUUGGUUUCAAGAUUAUGGGUAGGGUUUGGUUUUUGUUUGGUUUUGUUCUGUUUUUUUUUUUUUUUUUUCAUUUUUCUUGCAUUAGCUUUGAUGUUUAAAGAAAUCUCUUGCCACUUCAGUUGUAAAACCAGCCCAAAGUUUCCAGAUGAAGAUCAAGUUUGACCCUCCUGGGGUCAUUGUACAUAAUGGCUUCCUCCCAAACCAUCCUGUGUCUGUGAGCAAACCGAGAAAUGACACGCACAAGCACAACUUUCUGGAUGUGGCAGUUCUCCUUUGUCAGCGUGCAAACUUUCACCGAAAGCUGCUAUUUCCAUCCUCCUUGUACUUGUUCUCCUUGUUUCUCUUCCAUUGUACAUAUGGGUUUACCAUGUGUUAAAUAUGCAAUAAAGUGUUUACCGGAUGCCCGUCUGAAGGGUGGUCCUUUGUAAAGCUGUAUAGACUUUGCAGUUAAAGCACAAUGUGCCCAUGUUAGUUUUAUAUACAGCGAAACUUGAUUUUUUGCAGAUGGAAAGGUAUUUUGUUUCUAUACAAAGUAAAUGAAUUGUUUGUGCUUAAUGUAAAGCUGCUUUAUAAAAUUGUAAAAUAAAGUUUUUAUCUUAAAGAUAUGUACCUGGAUAUGUGUCUUUUCUCAUCUGAGAUUAUUUGAGCCCAGCCAGCCAAUUUCUGACCAUCAUUCCUUUCAGCACGUGAAAGUUAGACAGGCAGCAAAUAUUCAUUAGAAGCACAUCACCAAAGGUCUUUAAAGACAGGGUAACUGAAUGUGAGGGUCCUGAAAUUUUUCUUUUAAAAUGUUAUGGGGCUAGGGGCUGGAAUAAUAGCACAGCGGGUAGGGCGUUUGCCUUGCACGUGGCUGACCCGGGUUCAAUUCCCAGCAUCCCAUAUGGUCCCCUAAGCACCGCCAGGGGUAGUUCCUGAGUGCAGAGCCAGGAGUGACCCUGUGCAUCACCAGGUGUGACCCAAAAAGCAAAAAAAUAAAUAAAAAUAAAUAAAAUGUUAUGGGGCUUGCUGCCCCAGGAAGGGAAAUUAUACAAUUUCCAACAUAAAUCUCCCUGGGCUUUACUAAAAUACAGAAAUCCUAAACCAUACAGAAUCAUAUCUCUUCAUUCUCAUCAAUGGAAAACUAAUUAUCAAAUGCUUCCUUGUCAGUAGGGCCAUAUUUUU